UUUCAGAAAUCUAUCCACAAAAUCGUAUCAGUAAGCUUCCAAAAAGUAUAAUACAUAGGAUCAUGGAAUGCUUGCCCUUGGAAGGUGCUGCAAGGAUGAGUAUACUGUCCGCCGAGUGGAGAGAAUAUUGGCGAACAAUACCUGCUCUUGUGUUUGAUGAUCCAAGAUUAUUAUGUCGGUCAUUACAUAGUGAUGACAUAUGUAACACUCUCCUGCAACACAAUGGUCCCAUUGUCAAAUUCGUUCUUAUAAUACCGUAUAUUCAUUUGACGAGUGCUGCACCUUUGAUACUAUUCAUUUCGACGAAUGACCUAAAGGAAUUCACUGUGAUAAAAAAGAUGGGUGAUCUUCUUGAAUUGCCUUCUUACAUUUUCUCUUGUGCCAAUCUGACUAAGUUGACGCUUGGUAGAUGCAAGUUUAACCUUCCUCGUUCUUUCAGUGGUUUUCAGCAUUUAGUCAGCAUAGAUUUUGAGAACGUUGCAUGUCUCGACCUUGGAAGCUUUGUUGCCAAAUGCCCGCUUCUUGAAAAGUUAAGUUUAAGAGACAUCGAAUUAGGUUCAAAUACAUUUAAACUAGAUUUUAAUAUGCCUAAGCUCAAGUACUUGAAUAUGUCUGGCAUGUUAUUCGAUUCCAUUAAUCUUGAUGGAUGUCAAGGUAUCUUGUCGAUCUCUGUCAGUUUACAAAAAUUUCUAAAUCUUGAUGAGAACAAUGGAACAAAAGAACUUAUCAAAUUCCUAGAGCGUCACAGUAGAGUGGAAAGCCUCUGUUUCAACAAAUAUUUUAUUAAGGUAACAGAUGAUGUAAUUUCCUUUGCAGAUGUAAAGGGUUAUCGCAUCAUAUUUAUACAUUUCCUACGAAUUUCUCCAACUCCGUACCAUUUAUGCCAGAUUUCAUACUAGAUCAGUUGCACACCUCAAGAUAAUUUGGUAUCUAAUUGCUCGCGCUCCUAUGUUGGAGGUAAUCAACCUUGAGAUUUAUGGAAUAUUCACUGCGUAUGACAAGAUGAAGUGGUCAAGAAAAUUGAGGCAGCUCAACGAGGCAUCUUCUUACAUUGUAAUUAUUACCUUAAUGUCUAGGAAAGUUGAUGACGAUGAAGAUGAAGAUGAAGAUGACAACUCUGGUUAUUCUGAUUCUGAUGAAGGUACAGGUUCAGAUUCAGAUUUUUCAGAUUUUUGAUUUCAAAUGAUGAGGAAAGGCAUCAAUGAGUUUUAAUAUUGGUUAAAUAAUUAGAGUUAAGCAUACAAAUGGUUAUAGUCUUUUGCCAUUUAUGACCUUUUGGUGAUUGUAUUUUAUUUUAUUUUUCACCUUUUAAUGAUUGCAUUUAAAAAAAAAAAAAAAAAAAAUCAAUUUAACUCACCCAAAACUCCAAAACCAAUCUAACAAUGAAGCAGACUUUGAGCUACCUUUGACUACUACCCAUGUCUCAUAUACCUACACUGAUCUAACUAAAAAUACCCCCCUGGAGAAGACCUUUUGUGUGUGGGACAACCUCUGGACCAAGUAUAUCUUGUGACCAUGAACCCCUUGAUACAUGUCAUGGAGAUGUAAUUGGAGUCUAUGCUACCACCAAUC